AUGGCUCGAACAAUACCCGCAUACUCGCACAUGCGCUGGUCUCACACGCACACACAGAGUUUGGAGUGUGAGGAGCGACUCCUUGCGAGAUGCAACAGGCCUCGAGUCAACUCUGCCAUAUUUGUAUCAGCCGAGCCGACGGGUUUUGCCGCUUUCGAUGCAGGAGAGUUCUUGAGACGUCAUGGCUCACAGUCCAAAUUAUGCCGCAAGGCUAGAUCAGCAGAUAAUAUACCACUCACUACACUCAGCGAUUCAUCUGAACGCCUUUGUAAAAUAAAACAAAGAGAAGAAACUAUCAACGAAGAAGCAAGCAAAUCAGACGACAGUAGUAGUGUUGAAACUGUGAAACAUUUUGGUCUACCAAUUCUGUCCGUUUCCGGUCCGUCGCCCCCCGAUGAGGACUACGACCAGAUAGAUGAGUAUCUGUAGCAUUUCCAUACCGGUUUCCAGCUCAAGUAUGUGCUGGAAAAAAUGCGGCCUCCUUGGCCCAGUCCUGCUCCAAGUCCUUAAGCUGAGAAUAUUUGGCUGACAUGAACAUUUAUGGAAUUACCUUAGGAUUAUUAUCUCUUGUGAUAUGGUGUACUCUUAGUGAGUGUGUGUUAAAAUUAUUGGAUCCGGCAGUAUUCAACGAAUGUUCGGGAACUCUCGCCUAAAAUUCUCGUCAGUAGCUAUAUAAUGCGUGUCUUGUUGAGGGACCAUAGUCUUUACAGAAUGGUGUUUCUUUUGUCAGUCCUUAGCAUUGAUAUUUUUGUAUCUAUAUCCUCUUGUGUCUUUGAUGAGUGUCUAAAGUAAGGUUAAAUCUACAAAUACUUAGAUUUUUAAUAUCACCUAAUUGUAAUUAAGGAUUGCACAAUAAAUUUAUGAUCUAUAAUGACGUCUAUAUUAACAGUGCCACUUUUAAAUACUUUAAGUCUUUUAAGAAAACGGGAUGGAUGUCAUCAUAUUCUUUAAGGCGAAUUAAGAUAUCAAGAAAACUAUGUAUAUAGUUAUUCCUAUGCAGUGUCUUAGAUAUUAUCAUUUAAUCUAGUAUCAUGAUUAUUUGAAUAAUUUGUAUGUAUGACAGUAGAUAUUAUACUGAAAUAAUUUUUUAUUGCUUGAUAAAUUAGAUGCAAAUGAUAUCAUCUUAAGUGUAUGUAAUAUUAGCUAUUAUCCUGACUGACAUGAAUUUUUCAACGUUUUAGUGUCUAAUAAUGAUUUGUAGAUUAGUGUAUUAAUAGAUAAAAACAAACAUAAUGACACUAAUAUAAAUGGAAACGUUGAAUAAGUUAUGUUUUAAAUUCAGACUUGUAGUAAUAAAUCUAUGAAAGAUGUGAAGGUUGAAUUUUGGUCCAAUGAUAAUUAUGUCUUAUCUGCACAUGGUGUUUUAGAGAGUAAGAAAAAGUAUUGUUUUACUAGGAAAAGAGUUGGUUUUGAGGGAUACGCUAUAUAACAAUGUGUGUUUAGUUUGAUUAAAGUAACAUUAUGAUUCUUAGAGACAUAUUAAAGAAAUGCUAUUUAUUCGUUUUCUUCUAUAGUUAUUUUUUUAUAUCAUUAAACGUAUUUUACUAUACAGAUUUAUACUGUCAAUUAAAAAUCGACAUUGUAUAAAGUAUGUACGUUUCGAAAUUUUUAAUAUAGAUACAAUUUAAGCUAAGUCUGGCACUACAAUUAUUGGCACGAGUAAAUUAUUAUAGAUAUUGUAAAGUUAGUUUCUCAGUAACUGUCGUCUAAACUGGUGCUUGGGGACCAGAAGGACAAAUACAUGUCAAAGUAGGCCUUAUAUCCAAGUCAUGGGGUAUCUCAAACUUAUCGAUGUAAAGAUAUACUAUAUCUAUUUCAGAGCUAAGACUUUGUAAUUCCCUCCAUUUAUAAAUUUAUCCUUCGUUUUAUUAGUUAUAUUACCGAUUUUCAUCAUCGUCUAUCAAUGGACAGAUAGUUUUGUAAAUAUUAUUCCAUUAAUAUUUAGUUUCCACCAGGAAACAUCAAUACAAUCUUCUAUUUUAGACAAAUCUUAUAAUUUAAUUAUUAUAUUUAACGUAAAAAAUAUUGUUUCAUUAGAAGUAAUGGAGAUCUUGCAAACUAUUGCAAAAGUUAUGGAUAUGUAUUCGGUGUGAAUAUAUUCAAGAAAAGACAUUGUGGAUAUGGUGUGGCGGUUUACUAUUUACAAAAUAUGUAAAAGUAGUGUCAGUUGGUCCUGUAUCAUACAUGACAUUAAAGGUUUCAUUUUAAAAUAUAAAUUACACUGUGAUUUUUUGCAAUGACACAGUAAGGAAAGGUCAAUAUGCCUAUGACCUUUUGCUUUUUGGCUUCUUGUCCUGACUUCGUCCACCAUUGUAGGUGGGCGGAGCCAGCAAGUGCAGCGGGGGCGACUACUGCGGGUUUAUCUCAUUGGUCAUAAAAAAACGACUGACCAAUGAAAGCGAGCCACAGAUGUCGGCAAAUACGCAAGCGGACGUUAUUGAAUAAUGUAAAUGAGCCAAUAGAAGACCAUAACUUUUAAAGAUACUCUGAACUGCACUUACAGAUGUUAG